CAGAAGGAGGCGCAGCAGCGGUCAGCUCGUCUGGGUGGAGUGAACUUUAGACAUGUAGUAGAGCUAAUUAGCCCAACAGAGAACGUUAUGGGAGAGUAGCAAACGCUCUAAAAGACAAAGAAUAUCCGCGGGAAAAGGAACAAGAGGCUGUGAGAUGAUGGGUGAUGUGACUGAGGAGUCGCUGUUAAAUUAUUUCUUCUCUGCCGGUGGGAACUCCGGCAGAGUGAAAAAUGCAGAUAUGCUGAAGACGUUUAAGCCCUUCAUCGGCCACAGUGACCCGCAGUUACGCGCUAAAUACAGAGAGGAAUUCAAGCUCAUCAUCGACCGAAUCGCUGUGGUGAAGUCAGAGAAUGGAGAGAAAUAUCUCGUCCUAAAGAAGAAGUACAGAAACUUGCUGCAGGAGCGAGACACCAGACAUCAUGAGACAGACGGAAACGCUCAGAGAAAUCAGAGCCUGGCCAGAGUCACAGCCGCUGCGCAGUGGGAGGCGACGGACAUCCUGACAUCAUCUCCUUCCAAGAAAGAAGAGCAGGAUGAGCCAAUGUCAUGUGGAGACCCUGAUGAAGAGCAGGCUGGAACAGACAGUGUUCAUCGCUCUUCACACCCACCUUCUGCUGCCCACAUCAACGAUCCCUCAGCACUAAAUAACGGGGAGGAUGAGCUGGACAGAGAUUCAACAUCAAAGUCGGAGUCGGAGCAUGAUGAGGAGUCCACAGGCAGCAUGGGCUCUGCUUCUGUCGCCCUGGAUCCUACAGAGAAAGAGUGGAUCUACCACGCUGCCAGCGCUCGAGUGCCUGACCUGUCGCAGCUGCUCAUGCAGGAACCCUCACUGGCAAAUAAAAAGGACUUCACCUCUGUGAUUACCGCUCUGCACUGGGCCGCCAAACACGGCAACGAGAACAUGGCUGUUCUAAUGGCUGACGCUGGAGCAGAUGUCAACACUAAAUCUCAUGGGGGAUACACACCUCUGCACAUUGCAGCGUUGCAUGGCCAUCGUCACAUUCUUGAUCUACUCAUUGGAACUUAUGGGGCAAAAGAAAACGUCCGAGACUACAGCGGCCGACUUCCCGGCCAUUAUCUGAACAUCAAAGACCCUGAAGGUCCCCAGGAGGACUGCGACCUGCAAUUUCAAGUCGCUCAGGCCAGGGAGAGGAACAAGAACAGGAAGUUGGUGUCGUUGUUUCACUCCAAGAAGAAAUGGGGCUCAGCGGAGGAGCUGGCUCCGAUAGAGGAGGAGAGGACGGCGACGCAUCAGCUCGCCCUUCCUCCUUUCAGGCCCAGAAAGUUCUCCCGCUGAGGAAAAACACACAUUUAACUGUCCUUAUUCACACACACACACACGGACCAAGCAGUACUGCAUAUAAUAUGAGCAGACGCGUAACCUGGAAACAGUUAAUGACACAACUAGAAGGUAAUAUGAAACAUAGAUGCUGCAAUGUUAAGUACAAAUUUGAAAGUGCUGCUUUAUUCGUAUGUACAUUAUGCUAUUCGCUGAAAUAUUUUGAAUUUGCAAGGUUUUAAUGAAUGUUACUAAAUAUUACUUAUGAUGUAAAGUGUUACAGGGUCACAUCAGUUCAGGCUGCAGGAUUCUCAGAGCUUAACAUUUUCAUUUAGUGUAAUUUGGGAGAGGUUGGAGGUGAGUGGAAAAACAAUUAGUUACUGAUCAUGUUCUGGAAUUUAGUUUUCUCUGCAGACACCAAGUAAGACUGUCAGUGUUUUAGUUUCUUAGCGUGUCCUGAGUUCAAAAUCUGAUCAGGAGAACAUUUUCAAUAUAUAUUUUAUUUUAGAUAAAAUUUGCAGGGAAUUAAUGAUGAGAAAAUGAACCCACAAUUCUGUUAAAAAAAAUUAUAUUAAAUAAGUUUAUUGCUAUUUGAAACACUCAUUCAAAUUUUUGUUCCUAAAAAAUAUAUGAACAUUUUGCAAAAGACAAUAUCCACUCAACUUUACAACGUGCCAAGUUAGGAAUUCAUAACCUAAAAAAAAUAAACCUUUGAUUUGUGACAUGUCAAAAAUGCUGCUGUCACAAGGAUUAAACCUGCUUCACUUUUUAUUAAGGACAAAAAUGUAUUAUUGUUAAAAGAUUUGGAGCACCAUUACAACUUAGAAGUGGUAUAAGGAAAACUUCUUCACUAAUUUAACACAAAAA